GUUGAAGCGGGCCGCUACUCUCGCCGAAGGGAAGCGCGCAGCAGACGCAGCUUCUCAUCGCAAAACGCGGGAAGAAUUUUGCUCGGCGCAAUUGUCAAGAAACUCGCAGUUGGCAAAAUGAGUUUGACUGCUGGAGCAUUGGAGGCUAUUUUAAAUGGAGGAAAUCCUGUUUCACCGGUAUUUCAAAUAAUUAAUACAAAAAAAGUACCUUCAAAUGGCACUGCAGACCGCUACAGACUUAUCCUGUCUGAUGGGCAAAGACACACAUCUUAUGCCAUGCUGGCUAGCCAGCUGAACCAUCUGAUGGAAGAGAUUGACCCUCUGUGUAUUGUACAGGCAGAUAAGUUCAUGUGCAACAGAAUGCAGGGAGACAAACGAGUCAUCAUUUUGCUGGAUGUCAAGAUCUUGAAAAAGGGUUCUGACAUUGGACACAAAUUAGGAAAUCCCCAGCCUCUUAAAGCAGAUGGACCAGCUUCAACAGAACCCUCAGUGCAUAAUUCAUCUGCAGCUAUUCAAGAUAUGAACAGACCGGCACAAAGGCCACCCCUGAAUCCUUCUAGUACAUUUACCUCAGGAAGCAACACCCCAACACCAACUUUACAAACUUCAAAGAGUUUUGGUGGCAAGGGAGCUCCUACUGGUCCAAGCACUCCAGGCACUCCAGGCUCAAACCGAGUACAUCCAAUUAAUUCCCUUACACCUUAUCAGAACAGGUGGCGAAUCAGGGCACGUGUGACUCAGAAAUCUUCCAUCCGUACUUGGAGUAACUCUCGUGGGGAAGGUCGCCUCUUUAAUGUAAAUUUCCUGGAUGAAAGUGGAGAGAUUCGUGCAACAGGGUUCAACGAAGCUGUUGACAAGUUCUACGACAUGCUAGAAGUCAAUAAAGUAUACUAUGUGAGCAAAGGGUCCCUCAAGACAGCUAACAAACAAUAUUCUAAUCUCAAAAAUGACUAUGAAAUGAGUCUCAAUAAUGACACCAUCAUAGAACCAUGCAGUGAGAAUGUGGAUCUUCCCACCAUGAAUUUUGAUUUUGUACCCAUCAACCAGAUGGAGAAACAUGCUCCUAAUUCUGUAAUAGAUGUGGUUGGUGUGGUGAAGGUGUGCAAUGAUGUGAGCACUGUGGUAGGACGCCAGACGCAAAAGGAAAUCACCAAACGUGACUUGCAGAUUGUUGACCAGUCAGGUGUUGCAAUUAACCUUACACUCUGGGGUGAUGAAGCUGUCAAGUUUAAUGGGAAUGGUCACCCUGUUAUUGCUGUUAAGGGAGCAAAACUAUCCGAUUUUGGAGGACGGUCCCUUUCAGUUUUGGCAUCCAGCCAGCUGAUUCUAAACCCUGAUGUUCGUGAGGCACACUUUCUUCGGGGCUGGUAUGACCGAGAGGGUGCUGCCAUGGAUUUUUCAUCAUUUCGUGGAGAGGGAACAUCUGGAUCAGGGUCUGGAACCAACUGGAAAAUAUUUGAACAGGCUAAGAGAGAAAACCUUGGACAGGGUGAUAAACCUGACUAUUUCACAAGCAAGGCCACAGUCAUCUUUAUGAAGAAAGACAACUGCAUGUAUAAGGCUUGUCCAACAGAAAAUUGUAACAAAAAGAUGAUUGACCAAGGCAAUGGGAUGUACCGCUGUGAGAAGUGUCAGCGAGAAUUCCCUAACUAUAAAUGGAGAAUGAUCCUGAGUGCCAAUCUUGCAGACUUCAGUGAUAAUCAGUGGAUCACAAGUUUUCAGGAAUCUGCAGAGGCAAUGCUGGGCAUUAAAGCUGAUGAUCUAGGAAAUUUAAGGGAAUCUAAUGAAACCGCCUUUGAUGAAGUUUUCCAGAGGGCAGUUUUCAAGCAGUAUAUUUUCCGUCUCAGGGCCAAGGUGGAAACCUACAAUGAAGAAAAUCGCUUGAAGACUGUGUGUAUGACUGCAACUCCUAUCAACUAUGUAGAAUAUGGAAAUCACCUGGUAGAGCAGCUCAAGUCUUUUAUUCAUUAAUUCUAACUAAUCAUGACACUAAUCAUGUUCAAAGCAGUUUUUGGACUCUGCCAACCUUUCUUAAUAGUACUCAACAAAUGUGUACCCUUGCCUGGGGAGAAGGAGAAAAGUGCCUCAUUUUGAUAAAUGAUUUUUUUUUUUUUUGUGGGGGUGGGGGUGGGAUGGUGAAACUGCACACCAUUUGAAUCUUGGGGUACUUCUGUGGUUUCAGAUCUGGGUAUUUGCUGGGUUUUGUUUUUUAAGCUUAUAAAGUUGACUUUUCAUUCUGCACAUUUUUGGUUAAAAUGUGAAUCUGUAAAGUAGCCUUGCUGUAUAAAUGUAAAUGUACAAUUGGUCAUGCGUUUGUCAUAUUAAAAAUGACUUAUGUUC